GUUUGUAGCUACAGUCCAUCUGCCCAUUGGAAAGGAAGAGACCUCCUUGCACGUCCCCCUCCUCCUCUCACUCUGCCCUGUACAGUGAUCGCUGCGAGGGGUCGCACUCAGCAACUGCAAUCAAUCGUGCCAGCGCUCAAAUGCCUUCAGGACGGGAAGCGCAGUGACACAAGCGACAGUGUAAACUUCCCAGGGGCGCAAGGGAAUAACAAGUCUCCUGGCUGUGCGCCCUCUCUUCCUCCCGGACAGGGGAUCUGUGCGAACUCAGCAGCAAGUCGCAACUUCUAACUUGUCGCUCCCUGCUGUCCGACAACUUCUAUUCAUAUUCCACUAGAUUCUCAUUAUUUUGUGAAGCCGGAAUAAAUCUCCGUCUAGAUAAUCUGCGAUUGCUGCCGGGCAUGGCGGGUUGCUGCCUAAAUGCAGAGCAAAAGGAGUCGCAGCGGAUAAACGCCGAGAUCGAGAAGCAGCUCCGCAGGGAUAAGAGGGAUGCGCGUCGGGAGCUGAAGUUGUUGCUUCUGGGUACCGGAGAGAGUGGGAAAAGCACCUUUAUAAAGCAGAUGAGAAUUAUUCAUGGAUCCGGCUACACAGAUGAAGAUAGGAAAGGGUUUACAAAACUUGUAUACCAAAACAUAUUCACUUCAAUGCAGGCCAUGAUCAGGGCUAUGGAUACACUACGGAUACAGUACUCUUCUGAACAGAACAUGGAAAAUGCAUUGUUGAUUCGAGAAGUUGAGGUGGACAAAGUAUCCAGUCUUGAAAGGAAACACGUAGAGGCAAUAAAGAAGCUCUGGGAAGAUGAGGGCAUCCAAGAAUGUUAUGACCGAAGGAGAGAAUAUCAGCUGUCCGAUUCCACAAAGUACUACCUUAGCGACAUUGAUCGCGUUUCAAGCUCUGGCUUUAUCCCCACCCAGCAAGAUGUGCUGAGGGUCAGAGUUCCCACCACCGGAAUCAUUGAAUACCCCUUUGAUUUAGAAAACAUUAUUUUUAGGAUGGUGGAUGUUGGGGGACAGAGAUCUGAAAGACGGAAGUGGAUUCACUGCUUUGAGAACGUUACCUCCAUUAUUUUCUUAGUGGCAUUAAGCGAAUAUGAUCAGGUCCUUGCGGAAUGUGACAAUGAGAACCGAAUGGAGGAAAGCAAGGCGCUGUUCCAAACCAUCAUAACUUACCCCUGGUUUCAGAAUUCCUCAGUUAUUCUCUUUUUGAACAAAAAGGAUCUUCUUCAAGACAAGAUUAUGUACUCCCACCUCAUUGACUACUUCCCAGAAUUCACAGGUCCUAAACAAGAUGCUCAAGCUGCCCGGGAAUUCAUUCUCAAACUGUACCAGGAUCAGAACCCGGACAAAGAGAAGGUGAUCUACUCGCACUUCACCUGUGCGACGGAUACUGAGAAUAUUCGAUUUGUUUUUGCUGCUGUGAAAGACACAAUCCUUCAGUUGAACCUGCGCGAAUUCAAUUUGGUGUAAGGGAUGGGACAUGGACAAUUCAUUGGGUGGAUUUAUCAGGCGUACCGUACUGGGGCGAUUCCAUAGUCUCCGGAAUCAUGCUUGCUACAGGUUUGAUUUGGCUCAGUACAGUCAUCACAGGUUCUUACACACUGUACCGUGUUCUGAGCUCCUGUAACAUUCUCUGGUAAAACAUGUAAUUGGGAAAAGCGAAAGUAAUUUUCCUAUCCGUUUACUGCAUAUUUUUUAUUUUUAAAGAAAAGGGAAGUAUGAAAUGUACAUGCUGUUUUUAUAAUUCUUCUUAAGGUGUUUAGUAGUUAUUUUUAUUAAAUAUUUGUGACAAAAAGGAUAUUUAAGAGAAUAUUCCAUAGAACUUUGUAUAAGAUAAGGCGAUCCUAGGGUUUUUAUUAUUGUUAAUUCCUGUAUGGGGGGGGGGAUAGUUAUUAACCAGAGUUGCCUUUGUCAUUUUUUAAAGCAAAAGACUGUUAGGGUCAUGAGUGGCCAUCGCUAGCGAUGGGUGAAUAAAUUAGCCGGACACAAAUUCGCAGUGAAUUUCUGCGUUGUCGCAGUCAAAUUAAUUUGCAAAACUGUGUCGACAAUUUGCCGGCAAAAAAUCUGGCACGUUAAAAAA